AGCAGCGCAGCGCUAACGGUCGUUCAGCUCGGUAACGGGCCGCAGAGAAGAACCGGACACACGGACACACCGCAGACACCAUGCCGCGGGUCUACAUCGGCCGGCUGAGCUACCACGUCCGUGAGAAGGACAUCCAGCGGUUCUUCAGCGGGUACGGGAAGCUGCUGGAGACGGACCUGAAGAACGGCUAUGGAUUCGUAGAGUUCGAGGAUAACCGGGACGCAGACGACGCCGUGUACGAGCUGAACGGGAAGGAGCUGUGCGGGGAGCGGGUGAUCGUGGAGCACGCCCGGGGGCCACGGCGAGACCGAGAUGGCUACGGUGGGGGUUACUGGGGUGGUGGGCGCAGUAGCGGUUACAGCAGCCGGAGCCGCACUGGCAGGGAUAAGUACGGACCUCCAGUCCGUACUGAGUACCGUCUCAUCGUGGAGAACUUGUCCAGCCGCUGCAGUUGGCAAGACCUCAAGGACUUUAUGCGUCAGGCAGGAGAGGUGACUUAUGCAGAUGCCCACAAGGAACGCACAAAUGAGGGUGUGAUUGAGUUUCGGUCCCACUCAGACAUGAAGAGGGCCAUUGACAAGCUGGACGGUACAGACAUCAACGGACGGAAGAUUCGACUAGUGGAGGACCAACCUCGCAAACGAAGGUCUUACUCCGGCAGCCGCUCAAGAUCUCGGAGCCGCCGCCGCUCCCGCAGCAGGAGCUCCAGGAGUCGCUCCAGAUCCCACUCUAGGUCUCGUUCCCCUAGCAACAAGAGACGUCGCCAUUCCCGCUCCAGAUCCGGAAGAAAGUCUCGCUCCAAGUCAGGAGAAAGCAAAUCACGAUCUCGGAACCGCAGGUCCCGUUCUGGGUCCCGCAAAUCGAAAUCCCGGUCUCGUUCGGCUGACCGGAAAUCAAAGUCCCGUUCUAAGAGUCUUUCAAAGGUAAAGUCAGAGCGGGGUUCUCGCAGUCGAUCCAAGGAGAUGUGUGGCGACAAGUCCCGCAGUCCUUCACCGUCCCCGAUGGAGAACGGGAAAGAGGAGCGUGUCGCUAAAUCUCCCUCCCGCUCCCCGUCUCCUCAAGAGGCUGACCGCCGAUCCAAGUCCAGGGAGAAACGUUCAGCCUCCCGCUCAAAGUCUCGCUCAAGGUCUCGCUCAAGGUCUAGAUCAGCUUCUCAGGAUUAGUGGAGUUAAAAAAAAAAAAAGAGGUGUUUCUCUAAUCGUUGAGCUUGAUCCCUAUGCUGUACAUACUGAGCAGUGUUGUCAUACUGGCUUAUGCUUCCUUGCUUGUCUACUUUUCUCCUACAAGUGUUAACUUGUCUUAAACAUGUUUUAAAUUCAGUGUUAUUAGAGGAUGCACCAUAAUUCUUAUUUUGAUUUAUGUAUCGGCUCCUCUUAAAAAAAAAAAAGUUUACUUUAAUUCAAAGUGUGAUUGAGUCACAAUAACUUAAACUUGAUUGGUAAACUGUAGGCUUGUCAUACCAGUCUGUUUUAAUCAAAGACUGAAUAUAGCUCAGUAAAACUUUAGUUUUAUUUUACUGUAAGUGGUCCCAGUCCAUUUGUGUGGAGCAACCGUCAGACAGUCUGAUGCAACAGUUCUGUUUUCACAUUCAUUCAGCUGUGUGGUUGUGGGAGAAAAGUAGCGCUUGGCUGGAGCAUCGGAGUGGGGUAUCCCUUUUGAGCUGCAGUCUCAAUAAUUGCUUUCUCAUAGAAUUGGCCAAUCUUUGUGUUUUAUUGCGGUACUCCAAAAUGCACAACUGGGAUGCAAGAACUUGUACUGAAGAAUCGCACAUUUACAAAAGAAUAAGGGUUUGUAUUUCAACUGGCAUUCUUGGGGGACUAUUAUGAUCUCAUUUUAACUUGUACAUAAACUGCGUGAUCCGCAACGAAAACCGAUUUCUUCCUUUUGUUGUUACAAACUUGUGGAAGAUCCUUUACUUUCUGGAUUUUUGUCAUCCUAGCGCUCCGAGGCCUCAAAUCCAACGUCCCAUUUUUCUCACAUUUAGCGCUUAGUUUGGAUUGCAGCCAUGAUGAAGUCAUUUUCAAUUUGUAUUUCCCUGCGAGUUAGAUCCUGGGGUUCUGGGUUUUGUCAAGCCUCUGCUCAUUUAAAGUGUGCAUCUAGUUCUGGAGUUUUUGUACUUAAAAGGAGCAUCAUUCACAUGAGUGUCUGUGGGUUUAUCAAACACCACCAGACUUAGUAAAUACACCUCUUUCUCCAUCUUGUGGAACAGAUUUUUUUUUUUCUCUGUGCAAAUGAGAUAUAAAAUAAAAAUGUGUUUUUUUUGUAUGUUCAAUUAAAGAUCUUAAUGAAGAAA